AUGCGAUUUGCCUUGGCCCCCCGGCGGGCAGUCUUCCGAGUUCGCAUGCAGUCUCGGAUUGACCCAGUGGAAAUUGUCAACAAAUACUUUACCUACUUCGAUGUAGAUGUUGAUGGCGAUUUCUACACCCGUGAGGUGACUCCAAAACGAUCUGCUAUCACAUAUAUCGUCCUUGAUUUGAGGUCCAAGACAUGUCCUACCGUCAACCUUGACAUUGUGAAGUAUGAUCUCUACGAGGUGAAGAAGAAGAGGGCCGGGGUUGUCCUUGUGCCAGUCGCUUACAAGUAUUACGAUUUUGCUCGCCGACGUCUCCGUAGCUACCCCUGGGGCAGAUUGAAGCACCCAUCAAGGAGGUUUACCGCUGCUUUCGACCUACCGCUACGGCCUUUUCGGUCUUCCUUACGAUCUCGCCAGGACGAGUCUUCAGGCCGAAGGGUGAAGAUGGCCGCGGCUGUUCCUCAUCGAUCAGCGACGCCACCGAGAUCUUUUCUGGGCCUCCAUGAGCAAAGCCUUCGUGUGAAGCGUACUUCUCGAGUGACACAUGUUGUGUUUGGUACUUAA